GCCGGCCAUAUUGACUUUUUUUUGGCUAAUCUCCUUGCGGUAGGUUGUACAGCUUCUGUAAUCAUCACCGUUAUAACAGCGUGCCAUUGGAUAUACGGUGAUCGCGACUUGGAAAUAGCAGUUCGCAUUUAUCUGGAGUGUGACUACAUCUUACCAAUUUUAAUUAUUUUAGAAAACGCAGGGCAUUCCUGAGGGGCCUAGAAUCCUGUGAUAGAGGAAAAGAGUUUCUUAUUUUCUUGAUUACGUGGGAAGGGAGGAGAGGAGACAAGAUGCCGAAACCAAUUAAUGUGCGUGUGACUACUAUGGAUGCAGAGCUGGAAUUUGCCAUCCAACCCAACACCACUGGCAAACAGCUCUUUGAUCAGGUGGUGAAGACGGUAGGUCUGCGAGAGGUCUGGUUUUUCGGUCUGCAGUACGUGGACAGUAAAGGCUACACAACAUGGCUGAAGCUGAAUAAAAAGGUGACUCAGCAGGAUGUUAGAAAGGAAAACCCUCUGCAGUUCAAGUUCCGGGCAAAGUUUUUUCCAGAAGAUGUUUCUGAAGAGCUGAUUCAAGAGAUAACACAGCGUCUCUUCUUCUUACAGGUGAAGGAAGCCAUUUUGAAUGAUGAGAUUUACUGCCCUCCGGAGACAGCCGUCCUACUGGCAUCUUACUCUGUUCAGGCCAAGUACGCUGACUACAACAGAGACAUCCACAAGCCUGGUUACCUCACCAAUGACAGGCUGCUACCACAGAGAGUUUUAGAGCAACAUAAACUGACUAAAGAACAGUGGGAGGACAGAAUACAGUCAUGGCAUGAGGAACACAGGGGUAUGCUAAGAGAGGAUUCUAUGAUGGAGUAUCUGAAGAUUGCUCAGGAUCUGGAGAUGUAUGGAGUGAAUUACUUUGAGAUCAAAAAUAAGAAGGGAACGGAGCUCUGGCUGGGAGUGGAUGCUCUUGGUCUCAACAUUUAUGAACAUGAAGACAAGCUCACACCAAAGAUUGGGUUCCCAUGGAGUGAGAUCCGAAACAUUUCUUUCAACGAUAAGAAGUUUGUCAUCAAGCCCAUUGAUAAAAAAGCACCCGACUUUGUGUUCUAUGCACCACGACUGCGAAUCAACAAGCGCAUUCUGGCUCUAUGUAUGGGCAACCAUGAGCUGUACAUGAGGAGGAGGAAGCCUGACACCAUUGAGGUGCAGCAGAUGAAGGCUCAGGCCAGAGAAGAAAAACACCAGAAACAGAUAGAGAGAGCUCAGCUUGAGAAUGAGAAGAAGAAACGAGAACAUGCAGAAAAGGAGAAGGAGAGAAUAGAGCGAGAAAAGGAUGAGUUAAUGGAGAGACUUAGACAGAUUGAGGAACAGACGAUAAAAGCACAGAAAGAGCUGGAGGACCAAACACGCAAAGCUCUAGAGCUUGAACAAGAGCGAAAAAGAGCAAAGGAGGAGGCAGAGAGACUGGAAAAAGAGAAACAGGCAGCCGAGGAGGCUAAGGCGGCACUGGCCAAACAAGCAGCUGACCAGAUGAAGAACCAGGAGCAAUUGGCUGCUGAGUUGGGAGAAUUUACUGCCAAAAUUGCCCUGCUGGAGGAUGCCAAGAGGAAAAAGGAAGAGGAGGCAACAGAAUGGCAACAUAAAGCAUUGUCUGCUCAGGAAGAUUUGGAAAAAACUAAAGAGGAGCUGAAGUCUGUGAUGUCAGCUACAGCAGGUGGUGCAUCAGAGAACGAACAUGACGAGCAUGACGAGAGCAGUGCAGAAGCCAGUGCUGAGCUCUCUAAUGAUGGAGUUGCUCACCAGCGAAGUGAGGAAGAACGGCUCACAGAGACCCAGAAAAAUGAACGUGUCAAAAAACAGCUACAGGCCUUGAGCUCAGAACUGGCCCAGGCCCGUGACGAUUCCAAGAAGACCCAAAAUGAUGUUUUGCAUGCAGAGAAUGUGAAGGCCGGCAGGGAUAAAUACAAGACCCUACGCCAGAUCCGCCAGGGCAACACCAAGCAGCGUAUUGAUGAAUUUGAAUCCAUGUGAUGGCUGUACAUCUUCUUUGAUAGCCCCACUUUCCACCCUGUAGCCCUGAUGCCUUCAUGGCUGACUUACAAGCACAGCUUUUACCUGCCCAUACUUCUCCUCUAGACCAAUGAUCCUUGACCUUUGACCCCCUUCAGAGAGCUUGGGGGACAUGGCUGCCCUUCCCUCGAGCUUUGCCAAAGCUCUCUCCACCUGUGAACAGCCCAUCAGGCUGUUUCCACAUAUUAAGCUCCUUAUAGCCCUACUCCAGCAUCGCCCUGUUAGGAGCAAGUGGUACAUCGCACUGAACUCUUGAAUGAUGAUUUUGAUUUACUAAAUGCUUGGAAAUGUGUAUUUUAGAAGAGGCUAAGAUGAGUUUAAGCAAAAUUUGUUUUUAUGAAACGGCCAUUUGUUUGGAUUUUUUUUUUUUUUUUUU